CCAGCUCUACACUAUAGGUAAACCGUACUGCUGUAGUAGUAAUAGUAGCCAGCAGGUUAUGAGAUUAUAUAAGUGUUCAAUCAAUAAUCUGUUUAAGUGUUAAGUGUUUACCUAAGUUCGGCGUCUGUCCGCUGUCGUCGAACUGGAGUUUUUGAAAAUUAUUGUUUAGGGUUGACCGUACUUCGCGGUCUAACAAUCGAUCUCAUGUUUUUAUUUUACACUACGGUUCCAGUUAUAUUCGUUAAAUUAAAUUAAUAUCAUUACUUAAUAGCGUCAAACGUGUUAUUUAUAGUUUAUACUAAACUAUGUUCAAUCGCUAGUCGUUGACGCAACUCUUAUUGUUAAUAAUGAUUUGAUUAUAAUUUAACAGGACUCGGUGCUUUCAAUUUGUAUUAUAUACCCACAAGUAUUCACCUAACCCGUUGGACACGUUUGGUUAAUCUAUAACACGGGUAGAAAAAAAAUGAAAGAAAUGCUUGGCAAUUGUAGUGUUUGUAGUGAAGACAAAGCUUACGAUGGUAAUCCGUUGGUGUAUUGUGAUGGCCGAAACUGCAAUGUUGCUGUACAUAAAGCAUGUUAUGGCAUUCGUGUAGUUCCAAAAGGAUCAUGGUACUGUAGUAAAUGUGUGGCUAUUAAAAAAAAUCCUGGAGCCAAAGUGAUAUGUGAGCUUUGCCCAUCAAAAGAUGGUGCCCUAAAACCCACAGAAAGCGGACAUUGGGCCCACGUUGUAUGUGCCUUGUUCAUUCCCGAAGUAACAUUUUUGGAUGUUGAUACUAUGGAACCGAUCAAAUUGAAUGAAAUACCAGUCGAUAGAUACAAAAAAGUUUGCUACAUCUGUGAAGAAAAGAAUAGAGAACCUAAAGUUUCUAGCUAUGGAGCUUGCAUGACUUGUAAAAAGAGUGGUUGUAAGUUAGGAUUCCAUGUGACAUGUGCACAGAACGUAGGAUUGUUAUGUGAAGAAGCUGGUAAUUAUGGCCGCAAUGUUCAAUAUGUCGGUUAUUGUAAACACCAUUAUUCCAAACUGAAGAAGAGCAACAAUAUAAAAAUAAAACACAUUGCUCCGUAUCGUCCUCAAAAUGCUUCAGAAAUAACUUUAGAUGAGUUUUCUCAAGAAAAAUUAACAUCGAAUGUAGAUAGUGAUGGACAAAUAAAAUCGAAAAGGAAGUAUGGAAAUUACGAUGAUUCCAAAGAGAAACCUCCAAGUAUUAAUGGUCAUCCGAACCAGCAAACUGUAUCAAAUCGCCAGUAUCAAAGUAAAACAGAGAAUGUAUCUGUUGGUAGUAUUAAACAGUAUACUGAUGAAACAAAAUCGGACAAAACAAUAAAAUGUGAAAAUACUAAUAGCUCAAUGGAAGUUAACAUAAAUAAUGAUGCCUCUGAUACUUUAAAAAUAAUCGAAGAACCUAAUUUGUCAAAUAUCAACUCAAAUUUGCCUGCCGUCACAUUGACAAAUACUUGGAUUAAAGAACCAAGUAUUACCAAUGUUAUUAGCACUCAGUCUACUCCCAAUGUUGUUAAAGCAACGUCUGACCAAAAGUUUUUUGAGCCCAUUGCUGAUGCUCCACACAUGUUGGGGAACUCUUUAAAUCCUAAUUCUACUAUGGCUCAACAAAUGACUGACACAUUGAAUGAAGAAAUUCAAACACAUAAUCAAUUUAGUGAAAUUAAUGGACCAGUAGCAAGGCAGACAUUAACAGGCCCUCACUUAAAUCGCCACAAACCAACAGAGACUUUUCAGUCAAAUUCUUCAAGUUCAGAAUGGUUUACCAAUGGGAUUGGAAGCAGUGCACAAAGUCUUGAAGAUUUACUUGAACGUCAAUGGGAGCAAGGAGGUUCAUUGUUAAUGGAACAGGCCCAACAUUUUGAUGUGGCAUCUUUGCUUUCAUGUUUGUAUCAACUCAAAAAUGAAAAUAUUGGGUUAGAAAAAGAACUAGCUACUUUUACCAGACGUCGUGAUCAUUUAUUAGCAGUUAAUGCCCGACUUGCGAUUCCAUUGAUCCCUCAAAACAGAACAAAUCCAGUUGCUACAUCUUCCAGUCACAUUGAAACGACAAUGCCACCUAGGUCAAACUAUUUGCCAUCAAUGGACAAUCAGAUAAUGCAGCAGCAACAUAGAUAUCAUCAAAGUUUAGCAACACACUCGUCUAGACACCAGCAACAACAUCGUUAUUCUCCUAAUGUUUCGGCCCCAUCACAAGUAAUCGUCAGAGGUGGUCAUGAUUCAUGGGAACAACACAGCAGAAAUCAAAUGUCAUUGUCGAGUCCUCUGUAUCAAACCAGUAUGCAAGACUUGCAAAAUAUUUCUACUUCAAGACACCAAACAGGCAUGGAGAGUUUACCCAAACACAGCUGAGACAACAUUAAAUGUCUGUGUACAGAGUGUAUAUUGACAAUGACCGAUUAUAUGUUGAAGUAUAUGUUUUAGUUUGUAAUUACAACUAUUAAGUAUUUUUUUUAAAUAUAUCACUAUUACAUAAUCUUAUCCUGAUUUCUGUCAACUGAACAAUUGUAUCUCAUUAAAAUUUUACUUAAAAUAUAAAACAGUAUCUCGUAAUAAUAAUUAACUUAUAAAAUAUAAUAAUUGUUUGGUCUUUUUACUCAAUUCAACUUGAGAAUCGUACUUUUCAGAAACCAAAAUGCAUGUACGCUGUUUGUCUGCACAAGCGCGUACAAAAGUAAUGCGUUUUCUAUGAAGUAUGUUUCUUAACUUGAGAAGAGUAAAAAAAAUAUAGAUCAUAGAGUAUACUUCAAUAUGAUAAUAAUGAAAUAAUAAUAUUUUUUUUAUGUUAAAUAAAUAAAUGGGUUUUAUAAUAAUUAAGGUUUUUUAAAAUUUAAUAAAAAAUAUCCUAUCUUCCAUAGAGGCACUUGCGACUUACAUGAAUCGAAUUUAAUUUUUGAAAUUGAAGUACAUAUUUGCUUUAAUAUAUAAUUACAAUUAUGAUUAAGAUUGUAAGAAGAAAUAAUUGUGUUCAUUUAAUUUAGUGUAAUAGUUUUAAGGUAAAUUAUAUUAUUAAUAUUUAAAUCCAUUUUAUCAUUGAAUACAUUUUUUAAACUUGUACC